AUGACCUCUGAAAAUUCCAGUUCCAAAGGCCAAGCAUGGUUCUGCACUACAGGAUUACCAAGUGAUGUUAAAAUCGAAGUAGAUGACAUGACUUUCCAUCUGCACAAGUUUCCUCUGAUGUCAAAAAGUAGAAAGCUUCACGAGCUGAUAACAGAACAAGAGAAGAACCCAACAAGUAGAAUCACUAGAAUCCAAACCGCCUCUGAAACAAACCAGGGAAUUGAAAAUGACAAUGAGGAGAAAGAAAUCCAUGAAGAAGACGAGGAGUUUCUUAUCAUACUCCCGGAUUUUCCGGGCGGCUCUGAAUCUUUCGAGACAGCCGCGAAAUUCUGUUACGGUGUAAAAACUGAUGUUUCCGCCUCCAACGUGGCUGCCCUCCGCUGCGCUGGAGAAUACUUGGAAAUGACUGAAGAGUACUCUGAAGAGAACCUCAUUUCCAAGACAGAGAGGUUUCUUACUCACUCAGUACUUAAAAAUAUCAAAAACUGUAUCAAGACUUUAACCUCCUGUGAAGGUCUUCUGCCUUUGGCAGAAAACCUGGGCAUUGUUCAGAGAUGUAUUGAUGCAAUUGCUUCCAAAGCUGCAUCUUCAGAUCCGUCAUUGUUUGGAUGGCCAGUGAAUGACGGAGCUGGAAACAGCAAAGGCGAGAAUGAAAGGAGAAAAGUUGCUAAUGCUACGAGAGGAGGAACUGGAAUGGAUUCAUGGUUAAAUGAGCUUGGACUAUUGAGUUUGCCAUUCUUCAAAAGAUUGAUUUUCGCCAUGAAAGCUCUAAAUCUAAGGGCGGAGAUCAUAGAGAGCUGUUUGAUUUACUAUGCCAAGAAAUACAUUCCUGGUAUUUCGCGAACAAGCCGGAAGCCCUCGUCCUCUAAUGUACCCUCGGAGAAUGACCAGAGAGAGCUCUUGGAAACCGUAAUUGCUAAUCUUCCUGUAGAGAAAAGUUCGAAUUCAACUUCGAAUUCGAUGAGAAUUUUAUUUGGAUUAUUACGAACUGCGAAUAUAUUGAAUGCUUCAGAAGUUUGUAGAGCAGCACUGGAGAAGAAAAUUGGAUCCCAAUUAGAGCAAGCAACUUUGGACGAUCUGCUCAUUCCGAGUUAUUCAUAUUUGAACGAAACAUUAUACGAUGUUGAUUGUGUGGAAAGAAUUUUAAGAUAUUUUCUUGAAGAUUUAGAGGACGGAUCUGCGAAUAGAAUUGAAGGCGAAGAAAGAUCUACGGCAUUGAUCUUAGUUGGAAAAUUGAUUGACGGUUACUUAUCGGAAAUCGCAUCUGAUGCUAAUUUGAAGCAAGAAAAAUUCUUCGAUCUCGCCAUUGCUUUGCCUGACCAUGCCAGACUCUUCGAUGACGGCCUUUAUCGCGCCGUUGAUGUUUAUCUCAAGGCACAUCCAUGGAUACCAGAGGCAGAUAGAGAGAAGAUUUGCGGAGUUUUGGAUUGCCAGAAGCUAACAUUAGAGGCGUGUACUCACGCCGCCCAAAACGAGCGGCUUCCACUUAGAGCAGUGGUUCAGGUGCUAUUUUUCGAGCAGCUUCAGCUCCGGCACGCCAUCACCGGUGGUUUCCUGGAGGCUGAAGCCGGUCUAACGGAGGCGGCCAACGGAGGAGGAGAAGAAGAGGAAGCGGUUGUAGUAGCACGCGCCCAAGAGGGGGGCAGCACGUGGGGGGCGGCCGUCAGGGAGAAUCAGGUGCUGCGUCUCGACAUGGAUAGCAUGCGGACGCGGGUGCACGAAUUGGAGCAGGAGUGCUCCACCAUGAAAAAAGCUAUUGAGAAAAUUGACAAGACAGAUUCUAGUGGACACGUGGAGAGAGGUGGUUGGAGGACUUCGCUCACACGGAGGUUCGGGUGCAAAUUCAAGACCCAAGUGUGUGACUCCCAUGAGCCGGCGGUGAAUGAGGCCAGAAAAGGCCGCAGCCACCGCCACCGCCACCGUCAGUAG